ACCACAAUUCUCAAACGCCAAUAAAGUUUUUUCUUUGAGUAUUUGAUAUCAUCACCGUCGGGAUUAUUAUACACGGUGGACAUAAGUAAAAUAAUAUAAAAGUAUACAACUGCUCAAGGCCUAACCUUUACCUAUAUACAUUUGAAACACAUUUGUGUCAUCAUUAUUACCUAUAUGUACGCGUUGCAGCACGUCGACGUCGUGUCGUUUUGAAAAUUUCAUGGCAUGCGAGAAUAACUACUGCAACCGGAGUAAUUGUUUUUUUCCAACCAAAACAACAUGGCGGCGGAGGGCUCGAAAAAAUAUUGUUUCGAUUUCAUCAACCUACGUUGUGGUGUCAAAAUUAUAGCCAUACUGAACAUAUGUGUUAUGUUCUUAGCCAUCAUAUUGAAUAUAUUUUUUUUGGUAAUUAUACUCGGAAUAAAGGCUCGUUUAUUUUCCUCAAGUACCUAUAAUAAUGAUAUGUACUUAGAUAAUGAAAUAGAAGAGACCACAACCAAUAGAAUAAAUACUAUACAUGAUUUAUGUGGUUCAUUAAUUUUGCAAAUUAUUCUUCUUUACUCCAACAUUUGUUUGAAGAAAUCAAUACAUGAACAAAAUGUUCAAAAUAUCAAACAUUGGUUAUUGAUGUAUUUAAUGGUUUUAAUACAUACAUUCAUUUACUACAUUAGUGCAGCAUUUGUAUCUGAUGACCCACUGAUGUUCUUGUGUAUUGGACUCAUCUCUAGUCUGAUAAUUUUAUUAAUGCUGUACGUUGUAAAACUUUUUUACCAUGAUGAACUCAAACACUUGGCCCUAGGCAAUACUACAGAUGACAAUAAUGUUACUCCAUCACAGUCCACAUGAAUAUACAGAACGAUCAUGGAUCGACAAUGGAACUGAAAAAUGAAUUCCAAAUACCUCCAGACCUUCCUACCUUCCAGACAUUGUGCUACAGACAUGCCCAAUAUCUAAUAAUAUUAUAUUGGUUAUUUUUACAAAAUGUCACAAAAUAUUUUUAACAAAAAGCCAAAGUUUAUUUAUCACA